AUGGCCUGGUUGCCGAUGGCUAACCAGUGGCGAAUUCUUCGUAAAAUAUCCAAGGAACAAGUCUUUUCAGUGCCUAGACUAGAAGCAAGCCAGGGCCUUCGGCAAGAAAAGUUGCAGAAACUACGUGACUACAUCCAUGAAUGUAGUGUUAAUCAUCAACUAGUAGAUGUCGGUGAAGCUGCUUUUAUAACUGCACUUAAUCUCAUGUCAGCCACUCUUUUCUCAGUUGAUUGUGCUCAGUUUGAUUCCGAUUCUACUCAAGAAUUAAAGGAAACUAUACGAGCUAUGACCAAAGUCGUGGCUUCUUUUAAUCUUGUUGACUUUUUCCCCAUUUUUAAGUCCGUUGAUCCACAACGCGUAAUGCAUAAAUCCAAGACUUAUUUUGGACAAAUAUAUUCGAUACUUGAAGGUAAGAUAAAUGAACGAUUGAAGUUAAGAGCUGCAUCAUCGGAUUAUGUGGAGAAAAAUGAUUUCCUGGAAGCCCUCCUCAAUUACAGUCAAAGCAACCCGUCUGAAUUUCCAAAAGACCGGAUAAAGCAUUUACUUCUGGAUUUAUUUGUUGGAGGGACAGACACGACUGCUGCUACUGUGGAAUGGGUAAUGACAGAUUUAAUACGCUGUCCCAAGGUCAUGUUGAAGGCUAGAAAUGAACUCUGGGAUGUCGUUGGACGAAAUAACAAAAUUAAAGAAUCGGAUAUCUCAAGGCUUCCAUAUCUGCAAUCAGUGAUCAAAGAAACAUUUCGGUUUCAUCCUACUGGACCACUUUUGAUACCUCACAAAGCAGAAGUUGAUACAGAAAUUAAUGGCUAUAUAAUCCCCAAGGACUCACAAAUAUUUGUUAAUAUAUGGGCUAUUGGUAGAGAUUCAAGUAUUUGGCCGAAUCCAGAGUCAUUUGAUCCUGAACGAUUUUUAAGACGAGAAAUAGAUAUUAGAGGCCAAGAUUUCGAUCUCAUUCCCUUUGGUUCAGGGAAGAGGAUUUGUCCAGGAUUUCCAUUGGCAACCCGGAUGGUGCCUCUCAUGGUGGCAACUAUGAUUCAUAACUUCGACUGGAAACCGGAAAAAGGAAUGAAACCAGAAGAAGUGGACAUAAGUGAAAAGUUUGGGGUUGCUCUACAGAAGGCUGUGCCUCUCAAGGCUUUUCCAGUCAAAGUUUGA